AACACUUUUCAGUAUCCCGCUCUUGCUCUUGCUCUUUGCCUUUCAAUCAAAAUUCGAAAUAUAUUCCCAACUACCAAAACCCACUUUCUCUCACACACAACACGCACAGAAGCGGGCAGAUAUGUUGCCAAAGCCGAAGGAGGCGCCCGUCGCCGGCUCAGUCGACCCACUGAGCGGUCUCAGUGGGCUGUCACUCUUUCCGCGCACGAUUGGGGCUUCAGCUGACGCUCCGGUGUCCGCCGAUCCCAAGGACCUAGAUUCCAUCCACAAUAUUAUGAAAUCUUUGAAAGAGUUAAGGAGUCCCGAAAAGCUCAUGAGCGAGGCAAAGAAAAUUGUGGAUGGUGGAGCCAAUCUUCUAUCUAAUUUUUCCAGUUUCGCUGAAAAUGUGAGCAUUACUUAUGACAUUGCGGCAAAAGCUAAGGACAGGCCACAAGAGAAAAGACCAGGUCUUGGACUUGCCCGUAAGAAAGCUUCAUUUUCUCUGAAAACCAGUAGUAGUCACCCUCCAGUCAAUUUGGAGCCAACUUUAGACAUUGAUCGCCUUGAAGAUCCAGAUGCCUUUUUUGAUGCUUAUGAGAGGAUUGAAAAUGCCAAAAAAGAGAUACAAAAACAAACAGGUGUUGGUGGGAACAACAUAAAUCUUUAUAAACCAUCAAAUAAUGAACGCCGUCGUCGACCAGGAAUUUUAGGGAAGUCAUAUAAUUAUAAGCACCGCUACUCAUCAACACCUUCUGAAAAUGAUGACAUGUGGAUGUCCUCCCAAGAGACAGUGCAUCAGGACAUUCCAAGUCCACCUAACGAUGUGUUACACAAGAAGUUAAUAGAUCCUGAUCCUAAUCUUAGUGAUGUGGAAGAAAUUGAAUUGGCUGAAUCUAUGAAGAAAACAGAGAGUCGAGUCAAUGAUAUGUUGGAGGAACUGUUGUCCUACAGUGAUGAUGAUUUAGAAGGGCAGGGAGCCUUCAAUAUCUUGCAGGAGCGGUUGAAGAUCAAAACUCUUGAUAAGGAGAACAUGCGCUACUUGACUAAACUACCUGAUGUUGGAAGGACUGAUAUUUUGACUUCACCAGGAAGUCGUCAAAUGCCUCGCAGGAGUUCAGUGGUUUUAGAUAGUGUGCUGAAAAAUUUGAAUAAGGAACCUCGCGCGGAACAAGAACUGGUGGAAAAUUCAGCUAAUCUUGUAUCUUCACCAACUCCUCCAAGGAAUCCAUUUGGAUCCAUAUCUUUAUUGAAAAAGAAGAUUUUGCAGCCCAACCCUCUCAGAGAUCCAUUUUCACCACAGGACAUUGAUCUUUGUCCGCACCCAAAUUCUUCUCCUGCCAACCCCAAGGAUAAGCUACUUGGACAGGUUGAUAUCCUAAAGGAUUUAGGCCAUGAGUUGGAAUCACAUGUAAAGUUUGGUCGUACUGAAUCUGCAAUAUCUGAUAUGGAUUCUCAACAAGUAGUGCAAAAUGCUGAUAGUCUGCCUGAGCAGUCUUUAAGUGAAAAUGCAAGCAUGCCAAGAGAAAGUGGCAGUACUAAGGCAAAUGCUUCUCCUGCCCAGCUCAGGGAUAAGCUAGUUGGACAGGCUGAUGUGCCCAAGGAGUUGGGCAUGCUUAGUGAGAUGGAGUCAAAUGUCACGGUUAUUAGCACAAAUUCACCACUUUGUAAUUCAGAUAAACAUGAAGUAAAUGAAAAUGCUGAUGGUCUGCCUGAGCAGUCUUUAAGUGAAAAUGCAAGCAUGCAAAGAGAAAGUGGCAGUACUAGGGCAAAUGCUUCUCCUGCCCAGCUCAGGGAUAAGCUAGUUGGACAGGAUGAUGUGCCUAAGGAGUUGGGCAUGCUUAGUGAGAUGGAGUCAAAUGUCACGUUUAUUAGCACAAAUUCACCACUUUGUAAUUCAGAUAAACAUGAAGUAAAUGAAAAUGCUGAUGGUUUUCCUGAGCAGUCUGAAGAUGAGAAUGCAAGCAUGGAUGCUAGUAGUAGGCAAAAUGAAGAACCAAAUAACAACAGUGGAGAAGCUAUGAACAUUAACAACAAUGAAUCAAAUCCUUCUGUAAUUGAUGAGGAAGCCAGGAAUGAUGCAUCAAUCAGACGACAAAUUAAUCCAGAGCAACAGGAGGUGCAUGCUGUCAAGCAGAAGAGAGGAAAAAGAGUAGCAGGUGAUAAACGUAUUAGAGAUGCACAUCCCAUGAGGAAAAGCCUUGCAGAGGCUGGUACAACGUUUGAAACUGGAGUGAGAAGAAGCAAAAGAAUUAGGAUGAGACCACUGGAAUACUGGAAAGGAGAGAGAUUCUUAUACGGACGAGUUGAAGACAGCUUCAAACUGAUUGGACUAAAAUACAUCUCUCCGGAAAAGGGUAAUGAGAACCUGAAAGUGAAGCCAUAUAUCUUGUCGGAGAAGCCUGAAUACAAGGAACUUCUUGAUCUGGCAGCUCGCCAUUGAGUACGUCUACGUGUGAUCAUUUACUGGGGGUUAAUACGCUGGUAGGUUUUAUCCUCUUACCUCUAGAAGAAGCUAUGUAUCAACAUUUGAUCAUACGUAUUUUCUUGUUUGAAAGUGUGCUCCGGAGGUUGGGAUUUGUAAAGAGAUCUCCAUCAAAUCUUUUGAUGACACUAGUCUAAUGUAAAAUUGAAAAAGAAAAAAAAAUCAAUCACCUAAAUGUCAUUGAACUUUC